GCCACGUGCGUGGCGGUGGCGGUGACGGUGACGCGUGCCCGGCCCCGGCGCCCGGGGAGCAGCGGCGGGCAGUGCGCGCGUCGCACUGGCCCGGAGAGCAGCAUGAGCGAGUCGAGCCGUCGGGGCAGCGACCACAGAAGUUACACGGGUUGCAAGCGGGCCCGAAAUGGAGAAAACAAAGUGACGGUGGUCCUCGGUGCGCAGUGGGGUGACGAAGGGAAGGGGAAGGUCGUCGAUCUGCUUGCGACCGAUGCUGACAUUGUGUGCCGGUGUCAGGGUGGAAACAAUGCCGGCCACACUGUUGUGGUGGAUGGGAAAGAAUACAAGUUCCACCUUUUUCCAAGUGGCAUUAUUAACCCAAAAGCUAUUUCAUUUUUGGGGAAUGGUGUUGUGAUACAUCUGCCUGGAUUGUUUGAAGAAGCUGAGAGAAAUGAAAAGAAAGCAGGCUUAAAAGAAUGGGAGAAGAGACUCGUUGUUUCAGACAGAGCACAUUUAGUGUUUGAUUUUCAUCAAGCAGUUGAUGGGCUCCAAGAAAUCCAGCGGCAAGAGCAAGAGGGGAAAAAUAUUGGCACAACAAAGAAAGGAAUAGGACCAACAUAUUCUUCAAAAGCAGCUCGAACUGGUCUUCGUGUCUGUGACCUUUUGGCUGACUUCAAUGACUUCAGUGCCAGAUUUAAACUUCUGGCACAACAAUAUCAGUCCAUGUUCCCAAGUCUGAAAAUUGAUGUUGAAGGACAGCUAAAAAAGUUAAAGGAAUAUGCUGAACGUAUCAGGCCAAUGGUAAGAGAUGGUGUUUACUUUAUGUAUGAAGCUCUUCAUGGUCCAGCAAAAAACAUUCUUGUGGAAGGUGCCAAUGCAGCUUUACUAGAUAUAGAUUUUGGAACAUACCCAUUUGUGACAUCCUCAAACUGUACUGCGGGAGGUGUAUGCACUGGACUGGGAAUACCUCCAUCGAAUAUUGGAGCAGUGUAUGGCAUUUUCAAAGCCUAUACCACUAGGGUGGGAAUUGGAGCAUUCCCAACUGAACAAAAAAAUGAAAUUGGUGAACUGCUACAGUCGCAAGGCAAUGAAGUGGGUGUAACGACAGGAAGGAAGAGGCGCUGUGGCUGGUUAGAUCUAGUUAUACUGAAAUAUGCUAAUAUGAUCAAUGGAUUCACUGCCUUGGCACUAAUGAAGUUGGAUAUCUUGGAGACAUUUGAUGAGAUAAAAAUUGGCUUAGCUUAUAAACUCAAUGGGAAGAAAAUCCCGUACUUUCCAGCAAACCAGGAAAUUCUGAAUCAAGUAGAGGUUGAGUAUGAAACACUUCCUGGCUGGAAGAGCAGCAUUACCAAUGCUCGGACAUGGGAUGAUCUUCCUCCAAAGGCUCAAAAUUACAUCAGAUUCAUUGAAAAUCAUGUGGCUGUUCCAAUUAAAUGGAUUGGUGUUGGAAAAUCAAGGGAGUCUAUGAUUCAACUUUUCUAAGUACAUAACUGGACACCAUUGGAUAAUUUGAACAACUAUUGUAUUUAAAGGAAUGUAACUGAUUGCUUUAUUGUUACAAUAAUCCUGAUACUGUGUAAAAUAUAAUUAUUUCACAAUUUCAAUUGUGUAUAUAUAACCAAUAAUGAGUCUUUAUAAUUGCAGAAAGAAAAUACCUAAAAUACUAUUCUUACUGUUUAUGUUCAUUUUAAAACAAAGUAUGGCAUUGAAUGCAAUUUCCUUUAAAAGUUGAAUGAAAGACAUGUAACACUCAUGAUUGGAGCAAUAUCAUUAAAACCAGUGCACAAUUUAUGUUCUGAUGAAGGGUCUUGGCCCGAAAUGUCGACUGUACUCUUUUUCCAUAGACGCUGCCUAGCCUGCUGAGUUCCUCCAGCAGUUUGUGUGUGUUACUUGGAUUUCCA